AAAAUGAUUACUUGUAACAGAAGAAACGAUAUCCAGAUGACUUGUAACAGAAGAAACGAUAUCAAGACCACACUCUUGCUGGUUUCACAUUUGUCUGAGCUAUGUUCCAAUGUCUGAAAUCUGGAUUUUCUAAAAAUAACUGCCAAUAUGAUAGAAAGAAUGCUAUAAAAUUUAUCACCAGAUGUUAGUUUUUAAGCAUCUUCCAUCCGAGCGUCUGCAAAAAACUUGUUCUUCAUAACACGAAACCCGUCUUCUUUGUCGGGAAACCAGAAUCUUUUUUACCGAUUGAUGGUGUCCAAAAGGGUCGUCGGGAAAUCUGUCAAGAUCCAAAGAAAAGAGACGAAAAACUAUCUGUCCAAUUUCUCCGCCGCCUCCAUUUUCACGUCCCUAAAUGCGUCAUUCUUCGCUUUCCACCAUCGCCUCCUUCGUUGCGUUUCCAGAUUCUUCCGUGCAACCGCCAGUAGCUGCAUAGCCAGUAAAAAUGGCUACAAGAAACUCGAGAAACACAAUAAAAAGAAAAGGACAAUCUUGCUCGAUCUGGACGAGACAUUGGUGCACUCAACAACGCAACCACCGAGAGGAAAAAUCGAUUUCAUGGUCAGGAUUAAGAUCGGGAGCGGGAUUAUACCGUUGUUUGUGGUAAAACGUCCGGGCGUUAACGAGUUUCUGAAGAGAAUCAGUGAGGAAUUCAGAGUGGUCGUCUUCACGGCCGGGCUGGAAGACUAUGCCUCCCAGGUUUUGGACAAACUGGACCAGAACCGAGUCAUCUCACAGCGCCUGUAUCGGGAUUCAUGCAAAGAAGUGAAUGGAAAAUAUGUAAAGGACUUAUCUUUGGUGGUGGGCAAGGAUCUCGGAAGUGUUUUAAUGGUGGACGACAAUCCGUUUUCGUACUCGUUCCAGCCUGAGAAUGGACUGCCCAUAAAGCCUUUCGUGGAUGAUAUGAAUGACCGGGAACUGAUGAAACUCGCAGAUUUCUUCGAAGGCUGUUACCGAUACGAGGAUAUGAGGGAUGCAGUGAACGAAUUCCUGUCCAAACGCCCGGUUUAAUGUGCAUAUCGAGUUCCUUUUCUCGAGUGUUUGCUGUCUUUCUCGUCUUUUGAGGGAGGAACGAUAUUGGUUAUCGGGUUUUUUGUGCUUUGAAAAAGGAUGCCCCCCUUCUUCAGAUUUUAC